AUGUUUCUUACACCGAGAGUUGGAUUAGUGAAGUGCCAAGCAAUCACUUGUGUUGAAUACCAUUUCAAACCUCUAGUAUCAUCUGACUCUUAUAUUUCUUUGUCUUUCUCUCACUUCUCUAAACUUGCUGCUUGUCUCAUUUUCGUCAUUGUUCAUGAGAUUUCUUCAGCAUUGAGCUAUUCAUUCUUGGGUAUAUACUUCUUCCUCUUUGUGAAGCCCGGUUGUUCAAGUGAGCUAUCUGGAGUCGACACAACAGAAGCCCAACUAAUUCUGAUUAAGAUAACCAGUGCUGGCUUUUGGUCACAUGUUGAUUCUGAAUCAAGCAAAAUAGAUUCUGCUGGAACGGAUGUUGCAAAAGAUAAAAUAGAGGUUGCUAAUGUCAAUGGAGAUGAAUUGACAUUUUUGGCUUCAAAGUUUUGGUGGAAUUGGAUUGGUUCAGGUGCUAGGAGGGGAAAAUUGGUGUUUAGGUUUUGGAAGACAGAUACUCAUCAAGCUGAAACCUCUACAAGUAGCCAAAAUUCUAGGCCAGUGAUUGAAGAAACUGUCAUAAAAAAUGAUAAAGAGGAGCAUAGAAAUAGUUUUACUUUAUCAGCCAAAGAGACCCUAAAAGCCGCUAUUACACAUUUUGGCAGAAAAUGGUACAGGCGGAUCUCCUUUAUUUGGAGACACACAGUGCAGAUAAUUAGAAAUUUCCAGAAGCUGUGGGAUAUUGCUGGUAUACGCCUAAAUCUUGAUAUUCCCAAAUGGAUGCAUAUCCUUCAUUUGGAGAAGUUUAACAGUAAUGCAGUGCAAUGGCUUACAAAGGCGAGCAAAUCUGAACCUACAUAUUUGUACACUACGGAAAAGGGUUAUUUCUUGUUACCUGAAAGUGCAAAGUUCCGUCAUAAUGUACGAACUGUCAAUGUUAGCAUAUCAGCUUGGCACUCAUGCUUUGGAAAUAGGUGGCAGCAACUACUCAUAAACAGAUUUGUUGGAUAUGAUACAAUUUUGAUCAACAGUUUAUUAAGUUCUCCUGGCCAAGGUUAUCUGUAUAACUACCAAACAAAAGAAUUCUAUAACCUUAGCUAUGCACAAGAACCUCCAGAAGGCCCAGCUAGGUUUGGAGACUACCUAGUAACAAAAUGCGGUGUGCUUAUGAUGUCCUUGUUUGUAUUUUUUACUACCACAAUGUCUGUAUCAUUUACAUUGAGAGAAACACAGACUCGUAUGCUGAAGUUUACAGUGCAGCUUCAACACCAUGCUCGGCAUCGCCUUCCGACAUUUCAGUUGAUCUUUGUACAUGUAAUUGAAUCACUGGUUUUUGUUCCUAUUAUGAUUGGUAUUCUGUUCUUUCUCUUUGAGUUUUAUGACGACCAGCUGCUUGCUUUCAUGGUCUUGAUUCUUGUCUGGUUGUGCGAACUCUUUACUCUCAUUAGUGUCCGAACGCCAAUUUCAAUGAAGUUCUUCCCUCGCUUCUUUUUGCUGUAUUUUCUGGUCUUUCACAUAUAUUUCUUCUCUUAUUCAUAUGGUUUUUCAUAUUUGGCUCUAUCUACUACAGCAGCUUUUAUGCAACAUCUUAUCCUGUACUUUUGGAAUCGUUUUGAGGUACCGGCAUUGCAAAGAUUCAUGCAAAAUCGACGGUCACAUCAACAAGACUUUCACAUUACCUCAUCUACUAUUCUUGCGUCAACCUUGCACAUCACAAGAUUGAACACAAGAAACCAAGGAGUAACUAACACAGAUUCAAAUUCAGGGGCAGGGUUCAGGCCGGGGUUUGAUCCAUCGGCGUCUCAGAACAGUGCAGGAGUUGCUGAGCCUCCAGGACGACCAGAAAACAAUCAAGACAGCGUAGCCAACCCCGUGCAGAUUCCUGGGCAAGCUGACAUUCGACAAGCAGAAGGUGGUCCGAACCCCGGUUCCAUGAAUUCAUUCAGUUCUAUGUUGUUAUGGAUCUUAGGAGGUGCUUCAUCUGAGGGUCUCAACUCGUUUUUUUCAAUGUUCAGAGAUGUUAGAGACCAAGGACAAGUUUUUGCUGAAACUCCUCACGAUGAAAACCGUGAGAAUCAGGAUAAUGACAGAUAGUGGUAGAACAUUAGAUUUUGAUCAUAAGUACUUGUUAAUAUAGGAAUAUUGUACGGCAUAUUAUAUAGGUGACUGAACUUUCUCUCUUUCUUUGGUCCAAAUGAAAAUAAAACUAACGAAAAAAAUGUGUAUAUAAUGU